GUUCGCGGAUUCACGAAGCAUGUUUUGGUUGGGCUCUACAAGUGCUGCUCGGGAGGAAGAGGAAAGUUGCUGGACGAAUUUUUUAAGAAGAAAAGUACAUUUUGCUGAUAAAUAGACAUUAAAUGAGUUACCAGAUCUAAGAACUUGAAAUUAUAAGCCAUCAGAAGAAACGAGGGUAGAAGUCACAAAGAGUACAGACAUCAUGGCAGGGCCUCAGCCAAGGGGCCCCAAGAAAGGCCAGGCUCCCAAAGUUUUUCCAUGGCAGGUAUUAAGGGAUUUGAAGAAAGCUGAGAAGCUUAAAUUGAGACAGGAAAAGGAAGAGCAAGCAAAAAGGGAAUUAGAAAAGAAAAGAUUGAAGAGGUUAAAAUGUAGAGAAAAAAUAAAAAAUUCAGAGAAAAGGAGAGAGUCAGAGAAAGAAAGAAAAAAAAUGCAAAGGAAAAAGAAAAGGGAGGCCCAGAAAAGCAAAGAAAAGAAGGAAGCACCCAAACUCACUCCAAGCCAAAUCAAUAAAAGACAGAGAAAGAAGAAGGGGAAGAACCAGACUGUGCUGAUAGAUGAUCAAGGUGAAGAAGAAGAAUUUGGUAUCAUAAAGCUUCAGCGUAUUAGACAUCCUCGUGCAUUGGUUCGUGAAGUGAAGAUGAACCAAAAACUGAAGACCGGUAACAAAGAGGCACUUCGAGCUAUUAAGAGUAAACCAAGGAUAAAGGUCAGAAAGUUAAGGGGUGAUGGUCAAGGUGCAAAGGGAAAUCACCCAUAUAUGGUAAAUCGCCUCCAUGCUAAGAGAGCUGAUCUGUCAAAACUAGAAAAUGUAAAAAGACAUGUGCAGUUCCUUGGAGGUGGACUCAAGGUAGCCUGGACAGACCGGCCUGGGCGUUCUGACUCGGGAAUAGAGUGGAUGGCCCAUAGGUCAAUAGAGGAAGAACUGGCCUUACGUAAGAAAAAGAAAAAGAAGGAAAUGCGGGUUCCUGAGCAGUCAACAAAAUUAAACUUCAAGAAUAUUGAUGGAGACAUGGCAUUCCAACUCUUGGCAAAUAUGCCUACAACAUCUAAAAUCAGUUUUGGAACGAGCUGCAUUUUGAUUUACAAUUAUGCAACUGAAACCAAGACUCAGAAGGAUGCCCUAUCAUCUGGGAUCUUGUCAGGAGCCAUCAAGUACAUUAGCUUUCUUAAUAUGGGUACCGCACAAGAAGGAAGUUCAGGAUCUGUCCAGACAAUAGGAGGUGUGCAGCUACGUGCAAAUUGUGGCCUUCAUGUUGUUUUUCGCUCUCCCAUCAGCACUCAGAUCAUGAAGCAGCUCUUGACAGACUGUUCGAGUGCUGAGAUCAUUAGUUUUGGAGAUUCCUGCCAAGUGGAUUUCAAAUCUGUAAAAGAAGCCGAAGACAAUUGGAAGACGUUGCAGAAGCUGGUAUUGAAGAAUGAAAAGAAUAACAUAUCAUUUGAGGAGUUGAGUAUAUUGUGUGUAGAGCCUGAUCCAGAAGCAGCAAAUGAUACAGGUGCAAGUGAAGAGUUAAAGCUACUGGAAAACGUUAAUGAAGAUGAAAAUCAGACAAGUAAAAAGGUCAAUGAGAAGCUCAUGGAGAUAGAAAAGAAGAGGAGGAAAAUGGAAGAGGACGAGGAUGAAUAUGGACAAUAUGAAAUACAAGCAAAAAAGAAGAAGGAAUCUGUUACCUAACAGCACUUUACUGUAAUGAUUCAAAUAAAGGCAGUAAAACAAA